UGCUCUGUCAGAAGACAGCAUCUGUCAAAGCCCACAUUUAAACUGCUGCCUGCCUGUGCAGCAGCUGAAGAACUACGGAAUGGAUUUUAUAGACCAGAAUCCUUGGUUAAAACAGCUCAAAACCAUUUCUAUUACUGCCUAGCAACAAUGAAGGAAGGAAUAGAGGGAAAUCCUGUUACUGAAGGCAACUGAACCACUACGCGCUAGCACUCCCUGCUAACAUUACCAUUAGAAACAUGGAUACUGGGGAGAAGAGAACACAGCACUGCAUUGUCCGACAAGGGAAACACCAGAUGUAAAAGCUCCAAUACAUCGGCCGAGAACGCCAGACAGCCCCAAUCAGAACAGAAACGGGAACUACUGUCCUUUUGUUUGAAGGAUGAACAAAAAGUCCCAAGACAAGGACAACACUUAUGAGCAAGGAAGGUAACACAGCAACGAGCAGACAGAUGGACAGACUGGAUACUGUGAAAAGCAAUCGGAGGAAGCAGACUGUUGGGGGAUGUGCGCAUGUUCAAUAGCAUCUUUUUUGCUGAAGUGAUGGCGUGCAAAAACUAUUUUCUGUGGGUAUAAUCCUCGCACCAUAAAUGGCCUGACCAAGGAAGUCAAUAGUUUUAUGAAGCUGAGAAAUAGAUGUGGGUCCUUUCCCUAUCCAUACAAUGCCCUUUUAAAGGGCAAACAGCCUGAAGAUUUUCUAGUAAACUCCCACUUUGAAAAAUCAAGGAAACAUAGUGAGCCAUUUGCAGACAAUUACUCAACAUGAGCAAAAGAAAAUGAAUACCAAAGAAUAGCAGCGGAUUAAAAAACGAUCAGAAAAGCUUUUUGCUUGGCCAUUGUCUCAUAUCCCAUCAUUGGAUUCUUACAACAUGCUUCAGUGGAGAAGACGACACUGCUGCUUUGCAAAGAUGACCUGGAAUACCAAAAGGUCUCUGUUUCGCACCCAUCUCAUUGGCCUGAUCUCUCUUGUAUUUUUUUUUACUAUGUUUCUGUUCUUUAAUCAUCACGACUGGCUGCCAGGCAGGGCUGGGUUCAAAGAAAAUCCCAUGGCUUACACUAUACGAGGAUUUAGAUCUACAAAAAGCGAGACAAACCACAGCUCUAUAAGGAACGUGUGGAAAGACACCGUACCUCAGACGCUCAGGCCUCAAACUGUCACCAACUCCAACAACACGGAUCUGUCACCACAAGGAGUAACUGGUUUGGAAAAUACCCUCAGUGCCAAUGGAAGUAUUUACAACAAGAAAGGUACUGGGCAUCUGACUUCAUAUCUUUUCAAAUACAUCAUCAAUGAGCCUGAGAAGUGCCAGGAGAAGACCCCUUUUCUAAUAUUGCUCAUAGCUGCAGAGCCAGGCCAGGUAGAAGCUAGACAAGCUAUUCGACAAACUUGGGGUAAUGAAAGCCUGACACCUGGCAUCCAGGUUGUUCGUAUUUUUUUGCUGGGGUUAAGCAUCAAGAUAAAUGGAUACCUCCAGCGUACCAUACUAGAGGAAAGCAGACAGUACCAUGACAUCGUUCAACAAGAGUACUUAGACACCUACUAUAAUUUAACCAUUAAAACUCUGAUGGGAAUGAACUGGGUUGCAUCUUACUGUCCACAUGUUCCGUAUGUUAUGAAAACUGACAGUGAUAUGUUUGUCAAUACUGAAUAUUUAAUACACAAGCUUCUGAAACCAGAACUUCCUCCAAGGCACAAGUAUUUUACAGGUUAUUUAAUGAGAGGUUAUGCACCUAACAGGAACAAGGAUAGUAAGUGGUAUAUGCCACCUGAUUUGUAUCCAAGUGAACGUUAUCCUGUAUUCUGCUCUGGAACUGGUUAUGUUUUUUCUGGAGAUUUAGCAGAAAAAAUCUUUAAAGUCUCCUUAAGCAUCAGACGUUUACAUUUAGAGGACGUAUAUGUGGGGAUCUGUCUUGCCAAGCUGCGAAUUGACCCUAUGCCUCCACCCAAUGAGUUUGUCUUCAAUCACUGGCGAGUUUCUUACUCCAGCUGUAAAUAUAGCCACCUAAUUACCUCCCAUCAGUUCCAACCUAGCGAACUGAUCAAAUACUGGAACCACUUACAACAAAAUAAGCACAAUGCCUGUGCCAAUGCAGCAAAAGAAAAAGCAGGCAAGUAUCGCCAUCGUAAACUGCACUAGAAGGACAACGCUCCCUCUGUCAAAUGUACUCCAUGUGCCAUUUGUAAAUACCGCUGAACGCAUGUACAGUGAAAAUGGAUGAGCUUAAUGGGACAGCCUUUAGUUGAUCCCCAUCACAUAGUGGAGUCUGAAAAUUAUUUUUUUAAGUUAAAAAAAGUAUAGCUCUUGAUAACACUACUAUUAUGAAACUAUAACCAAAAGGUUUUCCCAGCAAAUUUGAGGAAAAAAGAAGAGGGUAUAUAAGGAUUUUUGUGUUAAUGUGCAAUAAUAAGCAUGCACACUUUGGUAGUACAAUUGCUGAUUUAUGUGCCAAUAAAAUAUAAUUGAGCAUAUUUUCCACAUUAAAAUUUUAUUUUUAAAAAUGCAUUCAUAGCUCUAGUUCUCUUCAAUGUAAUGACUUCUUGUUAUCUAGAAUUGCUAUAAAAUGAAAAAUUAAAAACUAAGGAAAUGCACAAAGGGCAGAUCAGAUUUACCUUCAAAUACCACAUUAAAUUAUUAUAUGCUUCUUUUAAGGUACAAUACAUAUAGCAAUGUCACAUUUACAAUUUAGUAAGACACUACCAAUGAACUCUAACACACUAGGAAAGUAUGCCCUUAAAGUAGGUCCAUUUUUUGGAAGAUUACUUAUUAAUGGUUAGGAAGGAAGGAUAAAUGAAAUGAAAUUUCAGAACACUGCCACUUUGUACAUUACCUUCAGAAAUGCAAGUGAUGUUCUAGAUUCAACUAGAUUCUCCUCAAAAAGCUGACUAAAAGUUACUUAAUACCCUAGAAGUCAUAGGGCGAGGUCCUAAAAUCUGGUGCCAAGUAACAUUCAUAUUGGUAUCUUUGUGCAAAUUCAUUGAAUCUGCUAUUGAUUUCCUUACAUAACUUUAAGGUAACUCAAAGGCUGAUCAGAAAUGCAAAACGGAACUUCAAGUCUUUCACUGUAGUCUCAAAAGUGUUCCAUUUUGUGGAAAGAGAGAGAAACCAACCAAAUGUUUGUUGAUUUUGCUCUUUCCUGCCUGCCAAAAAAAAAAAAAAAAAAAAAAAAAAAAAAAAAAAUCAGUCAAGUGAAAACAGGUCUGCUAGAGAAAAUUAAGCCACACACCUUACUUUAUAGGUGGGGAAGACUAUAAGGUCAUAAUAAGAUUGAGAGCUCCAGAUAGCAAUAUGGGCAAGAACAAAAUCUAAGCAAUUUUAAAAAUUAAAGCCACAAUAUGUACCAUUGAAAAUAAAUUGUGAGAACUAGGUUAAAUCUAUUUACAGGUUUCCAGUUUUCUAACAAACAGAACUUCUAAAGCUUAUUUUCCAACAGAGUUACAGCAGAGUUAUAUCAGAUUCAGGUUAUUACUGUUUUGUCACAGUGCCAGGGUAAGCAAUACCCACCUCUGAUUUAGCAGCAAACAAUGGAACUGUGAUUAGUUUUCUGUUUGACUGGGACUUUUUAAUUGGACAAAAUACAAAUAUUUGAUGUACUUUUAUUAUUUAAUAAAAUUGAUUAUAUUUAUGGUC